AUGUCUGAUCCGCACUCCACUCAGAGUUCGUCUUCGGACCAACUCGCGGCCUUCAGUCCCAAUACUGUUGAGGCUGCCUCUCAACGAACCCCGAUCGCAUUCCCUGGAAUGUCGACUCUUCGGUCUGCCGACCCAUGUGGCGGUUGGCCCCAGAGAAUUUUCUCACCAGGAAUGUCUGCCCCGGGCACUGGCCUGUCUCAUUCUCGUGGUGCUUCUAUGUCUGCACUCCCUGCUCCGGCUUUUAGUAUCCCGCCUCCAUCUCAAUAUUCGCCUGCGCAAACCCAGCACUCAUUGGCUCAUACUAAGUACAAUCCUCAGCCUCUGUACUCGCCUACCCACGCUGGCCGUCCAGCCUACUCGCCGUCUCGAGUGGACUUGCCCAGCCCGCUAAACCCGGACUUCUUGACCCGUUUGUUGGCUGCCUCUGCUGAUCAACCUGCUGGACUUGAUCCAGUGUCGCCUUUCCCAAGGAACACCAGCGCCCCUAGUCAGGGCUUGGCUCAUAUUCUGAAUGGCCUGCCUCCCCCCGUUCUCCCUUCGUUGGCCACUGACAAUCAGCGUGGCUUCAUCGUCAACGGUGUUCCUACCAACUCUACUCAUUGGUCGGUGCUGGAGCACUUUCUUCCUGGGGAUUACCCUUCCGUCGACAGUGUUUAUCUCAGAGACCUCCAGACCCAAGGCCGAUUUUCAGUUCUGUUUGCCGAUCUCCGUGACGUGACACGUUCUAUUCACCGACUCAGAUACAUUCAUCCUGAAUGGGUUGUGGAUCCUGCCUCAGCUCAAGAUAUUGCGAAUCUCACCAAUGAAUUCGACAUCCCUAGCACCUCAAACACGAACGAUGGCAUACUUAUGGUAACUGUUCGCGCUAACGGUAACCGCCUGACCGAAGAUUAUCAUGAUCUGGUGGAGCGUCUAUAUCUUACAUUCUAUGCUUCCUUCAACCGUCCACAGGAUGAGACCAACCGGGGUUUCCACCCUCGAACCCCCAGCGUGAGCUCCCAACAUGUUCCAUUGACUCCGGACUUUGUUUCCUCGAGCAGCGAUACCUCUCCGAGCAAGGAAAGCUCCAAUGGCGAAAACAAGAUCGAUAUGGACCUCAUUCACCGGGGCAUGGACGUCCGCAGCACAAUUAUGAUCAGAAAUAUUCCCAACAAGAUUACUUCGGACGAGCUUAAGAAUAUCCUGGAUGAAUCAAGCUUCGGAAAAUAUGACUUCCUCUAUCUGCGCAUGGAUUUCAAUCAUGGCUGCAACGUCGGUUACGCCUUUGUCAACUUUGGAGAUGCAAUUGAUAUUGUUGACCUCAUGUUGGCUCGUCAGGGCAAGACCUGGCCCGAUUGUCUUUCCGAGAAGAAGGCAGAGAUCUCUUAUGCCACUCUCCAAGGAAAGGAUGUGCUCGUUGCCAAGUUCCGCAACAGCAAUGUGAUGACCCGUCCUGCCAAUGAACGCCCUCGUUUAUUCCACAUUGGCGGACCUCGUUCCGGAACCGAGGCACAAUUCCCACCUCCGAAUGAUGCCAGCAAACUUCGUCGCUCGGUUGCCAGUACUACCCAGCAAGGCCUCUUUGCUCCUCGUGCCCGAGAUGUCGCUACUCCAGUUAGUGGCAGUCGCAGUCGUCCCCGAGCUCGCGCGCAGUCCUUCAGUCAAAACCUCCGGUCUCGACCCUUCCUUCGAACUCCCCGAGGAUCAGUUGGACAAGCCAUGCUGAACAGUGAUGAUGAUUUCAGCUCUCCCAUGCAACUUGAUGAUGAUCGUUCCAUCAAGACAGAGGACGAGUAA